CCCAGUGCAUUCACUGCGGUGCACAGGCAGUCCAAUCACAGUGAACCGAUGCGAAGCUGACCGGAGAAGGGCUGUGAUUUUCAGCACGGUGCUCUCUUGCAUUUUAAAUCCCCGGCCUGCACAAAAGGGAUAACAAGAGGUCGAAAAGGAGGAGGAGGCUGAGGGGGAGAGGGCAGGGUAGCCUUUCUCAAGACAGCAGCGAAUUUCACUCAGUUAUAACAAGGAAGGGGAGGAUGAUGCAGGCAUAAAGAGGAGGAGAAGCAGCACCCUUUCAAACACCGGCUGAAAGCUGCUGUGGGCCUUCCCCGUCUUGGCCUUUUAUCCUCUUUGUUUUUCAUCCUCUCUAAUUUCCUCUCCUCUCUGACCUGUUAUUUUUUUUGGGGGGGGGGCUUCACUGGUUCCUGGAACAAAAGCUACUGCGCCUUUUUCCCUCGGUGGUGUUGGUUUUGCCUUGCAUCAGCUGAGUCAUCAUGUCUGAUCUGACGCCUCAGAGCGAAACCCCGACUCCCACCACCGACAAGAUCACCCAGGCUGCCCGGGAGACCAUUUAUCUCUGCAACUUCCGCGUGUCUGUCGAUGGCGAGUGGCUUUGCCUCCGCGAGCUCAACGACAUCUCCCUCACCCCAGACCCAGAGCCGGCCCAUGAAGAUCCCAAGGAUCCCAUUGCAAUCGAAAGGCUUAACUUGAUGAACAUGGCCAAACUGAGCAUCAAGGGCCUGAUCGAGUCUGCUCUCAACCUGGGGCGCACGCUUGACUCUGACUAUGCACCUCUCCAGCAGUUCUUUGUUGUGAUGGAGCACUGUCUGAAACAUGGGUUGAAAACCAAGAAGACCUUCCUAGGGCAGAACAAGUCAUUUUGGGGUGCGUUGGAGCUGGUGGAGAAGCUGACGCCUGAGGCAGGAGAGAUCACUGCCAGUGUGAAAGACCUGCCUGGCCUCAAAACUCCCCUAGGAAGAGGGCGUGCCUGGUUACGACUGGCCUUGAUGCAGAAGAAACUGUCUGACUACAUGAAGACCAUCAUCAACAGAAAGGACCUGCUUAGUGAAUUCUAUGAGCCGAAUGCGUUGAUGAUGGAGGAGGAGGGUGCCGUCAUCGCCGGGCUGCUUGUUGGACUAAAUGUCAUCGAUGCCAAUCUGUGUAUGAAGGGAGAGGACUUGGACUCUCAGGUCGGGGUGAUUGAUUUUUCAAUGUACCUCAAAGAUGGCGGACACAGUAGUAAGAGCGCCGAGGGUGACGGUCAGAUCACAGCGAUUCUCGAUCAGAAGAAUUAUGUGGAGGAGCUGAACAGACAUUUAAGCGCAUCAGUAAAUAACCUCCAGGCCAAGGUGGAUGCACUGGAGAAGUCUAACACAAAGCUAACAGAAGAGCUUGCAGUGGCCAAUAACAGGAUCAUCACUUUACAAGAAGAUGUGGAGAGGGUAAAGGAGGAAAGUUCAUAUCAGCUGGAGUCCAGAAAGGCAUUAAGAAGCGACUCGGCACCAGACGGACAAGCGCUGGGUGAAACACGCAAACAACUCAAAGAGGAAACUUUGCUUCGAUUGGAUGUAGAGAAGGAGCUGGAGGUGCAGAUCGGGAUGAAGCAGGAGAUGGAGAUGUCCAUGAAGAUGCUGGAGAAAGACAUCUGUGAGAAGCAGGAUGCCCUGGUGGAGCUCAGACAGCAGCUGGAGGACCUUCGUGCAAUCAACCAACAGCUUAGCCACAAGUCACAGAGUGCAGAUGCCAGCUCUAAACAGAAGAGUGAAGCAAUCACUCGCCUGGAGGAGAAAGUAAACCAGAUGACGGGGACUGUAAAACAGCUGGAGACAAGAUGCAAACAGGCUGAGAGAGAGAGGGAUCUGGCUUUAGAGGCCACCCGGCUCUUCAAACAGGACUUCGGAGAUAAAAUCGAGAGUCUGCAGGCAGAGGUGGAGCAGCUGAGGAAGCACAGGUCUAAUCUGGAGCAGGAGCUGAGAAAAGAGCGAGAGCGAAGGAGCGAGCAUCAUUUCGACACCGGGUCCAAACGGGCCAGCACUCCUCGUAGGGAGAGGAGACACCCCGAGAGCAUACCAAAACGUCCACCAGAAUCCCCAUCAGUCAAAAAGGAAAAUGACCAGUUAAACACAGAACAAGAAGACAAAACAAGCCUGAGCUCCAGCUUGUCCUUGUCACACCAUGAGGAGGAUGAACAGGUCUUUCACAGCCAUGUUGAGGUUUCCUGUGCAAGUAAUGUUGAGGCCAAGGACGAGUCACUCGUGCAGAUCAGUCAUCCUUCCAUCUGUACGAUGUGUGAACAGGACGACUCCCUCUUGAAGACAAAGAUACAAUGUAAGAACUGCAGCGGGGUUUUCUGUGAGAGCUGUGUGUCCAACGAGCUGCCGUUACCUUCCUCCAUACUCCCAGAGACUGUCUGUACGGCCUGCUACUCUCGGUUACUCCAACAAUACGCUUCAACACCAACAUGAAAGGAAACAAGUCCGUAUUUUACUACAAUACACGGUGAUCAGACACAUAUCAACCAGAGGCAUUGAUUUGUAAAACUGGCACUGCAAAAACGCACUUUUUGAUUUCAUGACUCGAGACGUUCUGAAAGUCUGACGUUCAGAACUUGCAAUGUUUUGGUGGCUUUAAGUUAGAAAUGUCCAAUCAUGUGCCAUUGUGAGCUGUUUGGAUGCAGGUUUUCAUUUUUCAAAUACUGAUGUGGCCAUAAUUCUUCCUUUUCGGGCUGAAAGCGUGUGUUUAGUUGCUGCUGUGUUUCUUACUUAAAACCUGCACUCAAAAAGGUGAAAAUGGCAUCUGGCUGGAAAUUAAUGAUAUAAAAAAGUAAAAAAUAAUUUAAUGCAUUUAAAAACAGACUUUCCACAAUGUCCACUAAGUGGAUUAUUGAUGAAAAGGUCUACUUUUUAACCUCAGUUUUAAAAGAUGAAAAAGGAAAAACAAGACUUUUUUGCUCUGUAUGCUGUCAUUUUAGCCACAACUGGCGCUGCACAGUGGUUAAUCUCACACAGAUCAGUAUACGAUGUGUAUGAUGAUGAAUAAAAUAUUGACAUCAUUUCACUUACACAGUGAUACUGACUGAUAGGACAAACACUUUUGAUCAAAUGCUCUAUUAUACUGUAAGAUUCAACAUGUGUCAUUAUUUUGGGAAAGACUGCAUGCUCUGUGAACAGCUUUUUAUACGCUCUAAAACUGUUUAAAAUAAAUUAUUAAUACACUCAGUCUGAUGACUUUAGAUAAUUGUAAAACUGGAAUGCAGAAUUGAUGUUCAGGAAAAGACAAAUAUUUAAGUUGUAUCACAGUGUAAUGAAAACCAAAAUCCUACACGGCUAGAUAUCGAGGAUCUGUAUCUAGUCUCUUAUCAUGAUAUCAAUAUUUGAUGGACAUAUCACCAGUUUUGGUGUUAAGACUGUAGAAGAGAGUUGGUUUUCCUGUUCAGUCUCUGUCAGAGGAAUAGUUGAGACAUUUUAGGCGAGCUAACUGGCUGCUUGCUGUAGCUUCAUAUUGCAGACAUGACGGUGGUUAUCGGUCUGGGCAAAUAUGUCAGACCGUUCUUUUAAGUUUACAAAGCUGAACAUUCUGGGUAUAAUAUUUCUUUACUGUAGCUGUUGUGUUCUAUAUGAGUCAGAAGUGGCAUUAACAAAAAGGCAUUCAUCUCCCGUUGACAUUUAACAUUUUGUCGCACUCUGGCUAUACUAACUCCUUUCUCUGGACGUUUUAACACCUUCCGGGACUUUUAAGUGCAUGGCUCUCUGCCUGACAGGUUUGACGUGGGCAUAUCGGUGAAUAUUUGUAACAGCUGUUUUUAUGUUGUGCUGAUUUAUAUGAAAAAUAAGCAGAAGCUCAGUUUAAAUAUUUAGUGGUUCUUGUCGUAUGGAAAUGCUUCUUAGAUCAACAAUAAACUUUUAUUUAAUUUUA